AUGAAAACAGAGAGGAUCCUUUUCACGACUCUGUGGUUAUGGUCGACGGUCGGAAGCAGUGUCCAGAAAUGCCUCGAGGAGUACAAGAAGCAGCGGCCCGCACACACCGCCUGCUUGCCGCCCAACAAGGAGUGCACCAUUAAGGCCACGCACGUAAGCAAAGCCGGUAUCCAGCUCAUCCUCAGAACGCACAACCACUAUAGAAGCAUGGUGGCCAUGGGAAAGCUCCCGAAGUUCUCGACGGCCACAAACAUGCAGCAGCUGCUAUGGGAUGAAGAGCUUGCUUCUGUGGCACAGGCCAAGGCGGAUCAGUGCACGAACGCCAAUGGAAAACUGGAUCACGAUAAGGCUGCAGACAGGUUCACUACCAAGUUUAAAUCCGUAGGACAAAACUUGGCCUUCCGGAGAAGCAGCGCCUCCUUCAAGGGAACUGACUGGCCCGGUCAGAUCAAGGCGUGGUUCGACGAAUAUUAUCACUACCCGCCGGACAGCGUGAACAGUUUCUCGCCUCCUUCCGAUGAGCCGACUGGACACUUUACGCAGGUUGUGUGGGCCACGACGGGCUACGUUGGUUGCGGCUACGCCGAUUACACCGUCGCCGGCGUCAAGCAGAUGCCGUACAUGCAGCUGUACGUGUGCAACUACGGCACAACAGGUAACGUGCUGACGCGCCCCGUUUACCUGGCCGGGCCUGUGUGCUCCGCCUGCCCCAAAGGCACCGCCUGUGUCAAGGAAACCGGCUUGUGUUCCCCUCCUGAAGCAACUGCGGCGGUCGACGAGGAAAGGGACACCAAUUCACUCGGGCAGCGUAAAAAGAGUAAGGACGGGCAAAUCAAACCAUCCACGCCGUAUCGAAAGAACGACGCCGGUAUAAUCUUUACGCCAUCUUGGACCGCUGUCUUUGCCGUAUUUGCUGCGACCUAUGUAACCGUGUUCACCUGGGUUACGUCCCUCGAGUAG